UGGAGAGAGACGUGCUUUCAGUGAAGCAGAGGAGGGGCCAGUGAUAGAAGCUGUUUACACAAAAGAGGAAAUCUGUGAUCAGGAGUGGUGUGGAAAAAUAAUGGAGAUUACAGACCUGACAAUUGUAGAAAGUAAAGAGAUCCCUGAACUUGAACCUGUCCACAUUAAAGAGGAGUCCGUAGAGCUGGAGUGUGAUCACAUCACAGAGGAAGUUAGUAAAGAAAAUAAAGUCGAUACGCUGGAGGAGAAUAUAGUUAAGAUGGAAUCUAGCCGCUGUGAAGAUUAUCCUCCUGAACAGGUCUGCAUGAAACCCAAUCAGCCUGUCUCUGAAGACACUGGUUCUAGUGUUGGAGAAGAGGGCACUGUGCUGGGGUCCAUUCAGAGGAAACAUCACCCCCCUCAGGAAAGAGCUGCAGAUGGAAAGGAGGAAGGAGCGAUGCCGUCCACGAGCAGCACAGCAUAUCUAGGUAGACGCACCUCCACUCCAGCACCCCAGAGCAAAAUCUCUUCUGAUGGGAAACUGCAGCGUAAGCAGAAACACAGGGAGUCGACACCCCAAAAUGAAUAUGUGAAGAAACUGAGAACUCGCUCAGUUCAGAAUCUUUCUGCACAAGAUAGUCGACCACUUCCUGUGGGAUAUACAGCGACUUCACAUCCAGACAGUUCUGCAACCCAGGGCAACUUCAUUUCCCUGCAAACUCCCCAGCAGAUUCCUUUAGAGCAGAUCUUGUAUCACUGUACUGAACGUGGCACCAAUUUCAGUGACCGUGGAAAGCUGAAAAUACACCAGCAUAGUCAAACGGGGGAGAAAGCGUUUCAGUGUGCUGAUUGUGGGAAGAGUUUUAAUCAGAAAUGCAACCUUCAAAAACACCAGCUAACUCACACAGGAGAGAAACUGUAUGAGUGUCCUGACUGUGGGAGGCGUUUUACUCAGAAAGUAAGCCUUCAAUCACAUCAGCUAACUCACACAGGAGAGAAACCGUAUGAGUGUCCUGACUGUGGGAGGCGUUUUACUCAGAAAGCAAACCUUCAAUCACAUCAGCUAACUCACCUUACAGAAAAACCAUUUCAUUGUGCUGAUUGUGGGAGGAGUUUUUGUCAGAAACAAGGACUUCAAAGACACCAGGUAACUCACAGUACAGAUAAACCAUUUUAUUGUGCUGAUUGUGGGAAAGGUUUUAAUCGUAAAACUUUACUUCAAGCACACCAGCGAAUUCACACGGGAGAGAAAUCGUUUCACUGUGCUGAUUGUGGGAAAGGUUUUAAUCGGAAAUCUUACCUUCAAACACACCAGCGAAUUCACAAGGGAGAGAAGCCGUUUCACUGUGCUGAUUGUGGGAGGAGUUUUAAUUGGAAAGGAAGCCUUCAAACACACCAGCUAACUCACACAGGAGAGAAACCGUAUGAGUGUCCUGACUGUGGGAAGAGUUUUAGUCAUAAAUGUAAUCUUCAAAGACACCAGCUAACUCACACAGGAUAGAAACCGUAUGAGUGUCCUGACUGUGGGAAGAGUUUUAGUCAUAAAUGUAAUCUUCAAAAACACCAGCUAACUCACACAGGAGAGAAACCAUUUGUGUGUUCUUAAUGUGGGAGGUGUUUUAAUCAGAAAUAUAACCUUCAAAAACACCAGCUAACUCACAGAGUAUAGAAACUGUAUGUGUGUCCAGUAUGUGGGAGGAGUUUCAGUCGAAGACACAGCCUCAGAACACACCACAUAACCUACCCGGUAGAGAAACCUUUUGAGUGUAGUGAGUGUGGGAAGAGAUUUGUAGAGUCAAAUAAACUAAAGAAACACAGUCUCGUUCACAGAGAUAUAGUGAGGUAGGACACUUACAAAAAAAAAAAAAAAAAAAAAAAAAUAACAA